AAACAUCGAUGUAUCGAUACAUCGCCGAUGAUUUCUCCAGGUCUACUUCAGCCAGUCCGGUAAAAGUAUAAACAAACGUUAUUAAUAAAGAGUAGCAAAAAAUGACAGAAAAACCCAAAACUGAUGACUCCGAUUCCGAGUCGGAAAAUGACGAGCAGUUGUCUCAACUCCUGGUGGCGACAGACUCCACCCUGUUCACAAAUGCGAUGUUUCAAGAGAAACAUGCUGACUCCAAGCGACAAGCUAUAAAACCAGUUAAAAGCGAUCGGUACUUGGAUGAACAGGAGACCAACAGAGAUCUGCAGACCACGAACGAGAUGCAAAAUCACAUUUGGAAGCGACUCAGUGACAUAAUUCAAAAGCAAAUAGAAUUUUCCCCAUACAAGACUGAUGCCGUGGACAAACAGGAACUUCUACUUGACAAAGUAAGGCUAGUAUCCGAUGCUGAUUGCUAUUUAGUAGCUGAUUUGGUGGAGGAAGGUCCUGCAAUAAAACCUAAUUUCAAGAGACGAUUCCACAAAGAAAAACAAUAUUCGCCAGAAGAUUUCAACUCUAUAGUAGUCACUGGUCAAUCCGUACUCGAGGGAAAGGACCUUUUCGCCUGGGCUGUAAAAAAACAGCGCCAGAACAAGAUCUACCAGUACAGAGCUAGUGGUCCAAAGGCAGCCAAACUGCAAAACUGCCUGGCAAUUGAAAUUACUAACGAGUUCACCAAGCAAAGGCGACAAAACAAUUGGAAAGAAUGGAAGAUCAAUAAAAAAAAUAAAUGACAUAAAAGUAAUAAAAAAAAUGUGUAUGAUGGCUUUAUGUGUUUCAAACCUAAUAUUGGAUAUUCUAGAAAAUUAAUAAAAACAGAGUUGGUUUAUUAGGGUUAUAUUAGAUUCGAUUUUUUCUUUUAUAUUCGCACCGGCCUCUAAAAAUUCAUUUUGAGCUUUUUUUUUACAAAUUAUGCGAAGAAGUUUUUAUAAAAAAAAUUGAUAUAUAUUUUUCGCAACAAACUAGAGCACAACACCGCUUAAGGGGGGGUAAGGUUUUAAAAAAUUUUUUUUUACAUUUUUUUUUUUAUUUUUUUUAUGAAUGACCAAUAUGUCGAGAACAUUGUAUAAAAAUUU